CUGUCCGGUGUCCGUCCACCGGCAGGUGCAGCAUUACGUAACGCAAAUCCAGAGCGGCCACGCCCCCCAAAAGCCGAACGCCGAGCGCCGAUUGGUCUGACGCGUCGGCCGGGCCCCGCCCACGAGCUCCCGCUGAACUUUUGCUACUUCCUGCCGCCGCCGCCGCCGUACUUCUCCUCCCACCCUCGACGAGGCAGCGACUCCGCAAUCCCGACGCUCCGACGAGCCGUAUGGCCGCAACAGCCGCCGUUCUUUCUUUCAACGUGGGGCCCACAACUGUUUAAAAAUUCCGCCGAAAAAGAGAAGACGAUUUUCUAAAACAUUCUGGCCGUUAUCUCACGGCUCCCCUUUCUCCGCACAGGUGUAUGAGCGCUACCCAGAGGGCCUAGGGGCGGCUCUUUACCGGGAGCACUUCGACUUCAACGCUGAGCCGCCUUGGGAUCCUAGCUGAUAGCGGGACAGGUCCGUCUCCCGACUUGUCCAUUUUGUUGCAUAACCGGCAGGACCCCCCAUUUGGCUCAGUCGUGACCCCCCCGCCGACUCGCUGUCACCCGUUCUUUAUGAUUUUUGGAUCGCUGGAAUACGGUUAAGAUGAAAGGACUUGCAGACCGACCCGCCGGCUACACGGUCGAGCUGCUCUCGGGCGGCGCCACCCUCGACGACGUCAUCGACGAGCGCAUCUGCGAGCAAGCUCUGGCGGAGAAGAGCGCCUUCAUGGUGGGCGACCUGGGCGCCGUGAUGCGCCAGCACGCCCGCUGGCAAGGCGCCGCGCCGCGGCUGCAGCCGUACUUCCCGCUCCGGUGCAACCACAGCCCGGCGGUGGUGGAGCUGCUCGCCUCCUUGGGCCUCGGCUUCAUCUGCGCCAGCAAAGUCGAGGUCAGCCUGGCGCUGGAGCACGGCGUGGCGCCCGACAACAUCAUCCUGUCGGGCGUCUGCAAGCAGCUGGCGCUCGUCAAGGCCGCCGCCAAGCACGGCGUGUGCCGCCUCGUCUGCGAGAACGAGGCCGAGCUGGCCAAGAUUGCGCGCCUGCACCCGCGUGCCAAGUUGUUGCUGCAGCUGAGCACGGAGGCCCACACGGCCGAGACCAGCGUGGCCUUCGGGGCGUCCCUGAAGUGCUGCCGCCACCUGCUGGAGGCGGCCAAGGCGCUGGGCCUGCAGGUGGUGGGCGUGGCCUUCCACGUGCCCACCUCCUGCCAGGACCCGCAACGGGCCUACAGCCACGCGCUCGCCGACGCCCGCUGCGUCUUCGACAUGGGGGCGGACCUCGGCUUCGACAUGGACAUCCUGGACGUCGGCGGCGGAUUCAGCGGCUCGGAGUUCCAACUCAAACAGGUCGAAUCCGCCCUCAGCCCGCUGCUGGACGCUUACUUCCCGCCGCUGUCCGGCGUGCGCGUGCUGGCCCAGCCGGGCGCCUUCUACGUGGCGUCGGCCUUCAGCCUGGCCGUCAACGUGAUCGGCAAGGAGGUGGUGACCCCCCGCUGGGACGGCUUAGUUCCAGGUGAAAAUGGCGAAGACGCGGAGUUCCUGUACUACAUCAACGAGGGCGUUUACGGCCCAUUUGGCGUCAAGCUCCUGGGGAACGCCAUCGCCGUGCCGGCGGUGCACAAGCGCGCGCCGUGCGCCGACGCGGCCGUGCACCCCAGCGGCCUGCGGGGUCCCACGCUGGACCAGCUGGACCUGGUGGUGGAGCGCUGCCUCCUGCCCGAGCUCAGCGUGGGCGACUGGCUGCUCUUCGCCAACAUGGGCGCCUGCGGCCUGGACGACCGCGCCAGCGCCACCUGCGCCUCGCCGCAGCCGCCCGUCUACUACGCCGCCGCCGCCUCGGACUGGUACGAAAUGCAGGAGGCGGGCGUGACGCUGGACGGCGCCGUCAAGACAUUCGCUUUCGUGUAGUCCCCCCCCCCCCCCCAAGCGUCGCGCUGUGGUCAACAUUCCAGCCAGCGUUUUAUUAACAAGAUAUUUUAUCCCUCCCACAAUUUUUUUUUUUUUUUUGUCUUUGCUCUGUCAUUCAAAUCAAUCCUGCCCAAGCGAUGUGAUGCAACAAAAUGGACGACUCCGGAGAUGGGGAAACCCCCCCCCACGCCCCCCCCCCAUUAACCCCCCAACAGUGGAGGGGAGGGUUGCGCUCUUUAUUAUUGUCAUAAUAAUCCUUUUGACAAAAUUGCUAAUGCUCUCUUAUCGUCCCGUGUGUGUGUGUGUGUAUUUGAAGAAUGGACGUACCUCAUACCCGAGAAUAUCUUAAAGGAAAUAAUUAUUAUUUUUUUUUUCUAUUUAUUGGAUCAAGUUGCGACCGCAGCAGCAGCAGCAGCAGCUUUUUCCUAGUAAGGUAUUGUCCUGUUUUCUUUUCCCCCCAAUUGUCCCCGAAAGGCUCCCGUACCGCCAUUUGUCACUUCGAAAUGGUCACCCGAGUCAUCCACUGGCCAAUUUGCCACAGCGAAGGCGACCUGCCCCUUUGUCUGGGUUGCAAACAACAACAAAAGAAAAUAUGUAUUCAUAGUGACUUGCUGUCUAAAAGCACUAAUGGACCACACUUUGUUUUUUGUUUGACUGUAAAUUCUGUUUGUUGAAGUAAUGAAAGUGAUUAAUUUAAUACAUUUCUGACUGAAAUCA